UUGUUGGCAAAAGAAAAUGUCUACUUAUGCACCUUUAAUCAUACUGGAUGUUCUUAGAAUGGAAAUAAUACUGUGACUGAAAUUUGCUAAAUAAAUUGAUUACCAUUUUAAUUACAUGGCAUAUUAAAAGAGUGCUAAUUAAUUUUUAGUAGGUAUGGAUGAAAGGGACACACAUGCUCCCCUCCCCAUGAGAGGUUGAUACAGACUAGGGUGGGGUUUGGCUUUGCUGGGAUAAUGUUUUUCUGGUGGGAUGUGAGAACUGACGGAAAGGAUCACAGUCUUUUGGCCACUUUUGACUUUCUUUUUUUAUCGAGGUGUUGCACAGCAGAUGGUAACUGCUAGCUCUAGAUGGUGGGUACAAAAGCACCAACAAUAUAAUUCUCAUUGUGAUUACAGAAGACAGGUGGGAUUCUGUUUAUCUGUCUCCAGUUUUAAACCUUGAAGGUUAGCAGGAAGCCUGUUUCUGCUGUUGAACUAAAAGGUGAUUUUCAGUGAAAUACUAGAUAAUUAUGUAGUUCAGGAAGAGGCAACUCUUCUUGCAUACACUUCGACACAUGGCUGUUCACUCAUAGCUGGCACAAGCAACUAGCAAGGCAGGCAGCUUAUCAUGAGUGUUCAGUGGUCCACUAACUGAGCCAAUACCUGGAGCUUGUACAAUCUGUAAACAACUUUCUUUGUUGCUCUCCUGGAACUUGGUAUAUCAUCAGCAGGGUGGAUUAAGGUUCAUAGGAAUGACACAAGGGUGUAUAUUUGCUAAGGGCAGGCAAAAUCUCUGGUUCAGGAGCAGGCCCAGAAAGACCUACAAAUACACAAAUCACUGCCUAUCCAAUAAUUCAGCAAAGUACUUGAAACCACAUAAAAUAAUUUAAGGAAGGAGGUGAAACACAUUUAAACUAAUUGCUAGCUUGCUUUGCUUCUAUGUAUACUUCUGUGAGUAUAUUUAUAGAGUUUCUUCUCCCAUCUGUUUUGAAUCUAUAGAGAACAUUUCAACUCUUUAAGCAUUGUUUUCUUACAAGUGAGUCUUGCCACAAAAUGUUGCAGUGUAGAGUGCUUCUUCUAGGGUUCCAACCAGCCAUGUCCUUUCCCAGGCUAUGCCUCAUUCCAUGUCUCCUCCCCUCUGGCAGUCUAUUUCCACGCCCCCAAUCAGGCCACUGAAUGUUCUCAGUCUGUUCUUGGGCUGUUUUGUUCCCCUCACCCACCAAGGUACUUGUGUAAGCCCAAGAGUCUACUAAUCUCCUUCCCUGUGCAUGGAUGGUGCUGAUUUAUUACGAUGGACAAUGAAGUGUUCUUAUUGGGUUGUUCGUCUUGCACAAGACUCAGGCAGGAGCAAAGAAUUAUGGGAGGUAGACCGUUUCCCCUCAAUUUUUUCCUCCUCGGCUCUCACUGUUUUGUUGAUUGUUAGUUAGCAGAGUCCUCUUUAAAUACUUUCUUCGUGAUUCUUAGUUACUUAGUAAUUGGCUACUUUUCCUGUCUAUUGGUCCUUUUAUGCGUCCUCCACUGAGGUGUAAAAAAACAAACAACCUUGUCUCCCUGCUAAACAUCUUUCCCUGUUCUGCGUUCAGUGUUUUACUUCUAUUUUCCAUUAAUUUCUUAAUUUUUAUCUUUAUUUCUUGUUGCUGGCUAUUGUCGUUUUGGCAGAUGGGCUGCCUUUUAUUCCAGCUUUUUUUGCGGUGCAGGCUGCCUCGUGCAGUGACUGCGAGCUGCUUCCCUAACAGCCGCUCUGUGCCUUACCCUCACCGUCCUUUUGAACCCUUUAUUCAGCGCAUUUGCUUUCCUUCAAGAAUUGCUGCUUCUACAGAGAAAGAAAGGGACAAAGAAAAUAAGCUUCAACUCCUUGUUCUCCUGUCUGCUUCUGCAGCGCAAAGGGCUGUUUCAACACGUUUCGCCUGCAGUAAUAUUUGAAUCAGCAGUCUGGUUCAGAGGCUCAAUUUCCUCCCAAUAAAUUUCAAUGGCGUCCUUAGAGUCUCUGCAAGGUUUGGGUGCCUCUCCGCAUAAAAAAGCGAAAUAAACAUAGAAUGUGGUCCUCUGCUUCCUGCAGUUGCUCAAAUCACUCCUCCCAUGCUAAGGGCCAUUGUUUUCCAGUGUUGUCAGUAAGGUAAGGUCUACCCAUGUAAACAAAUCUCCUUCAGAGCAAUCCAUGGCUCAGCCACAGAGUGCUGCUCAGUUAUCUAGUGAGAUUUUACUGCCAUCUGCUGGCAAUACUAAUAAUGACAUAGCCAUAUCCUCUGAUCCUGAGCCUGAAUUUCAGGGUUUUGCUGAUGGCCAAUUAGGAUCUACUGUAAUGAGCAAAGUUCAUUGCCACCAAUGGGUCAAGGUUUAUCAGAGGUUUUGAAUGUGAACUUGUCUGCUUCUUUAAUUGAUCAGUUGAAGGAUGCCCUUCUUGCCUCCUUAUCAUCAGACCUUAAGCAUGACAUGUCCCAAUGCUGCCUUUCCUGUGCGUACUAAAUCAAAGCUUCUUGUACGCAUAUGCCACAUUCUGCAGGGAAUUCUUCCCCUAACCCUUUUCAAGUUAUGUCUGAGGAAUUACAGGAGGCUGAUUAUCUCAUGCAUCACUGGAUGUGGAAGAAGAGGAUGCACGGGAAGAGCCACAAUCUUCCAGGCUGUUUCAAGAUUUUCAGACAGCAACUUUGCUGUGUAAGAUUAUGAGCCCUUUGUCCUCUAAGCAAGCAAAGGAGACUGAGGCAGUUUCUGGAAGUUUUGUGUCUUUUCUAACAGAUACGAGUCCAUCAAUCAACUUCAUGCGGGUUCCAUCUCUUCUAAAAUUGAUAGUAAAGGCAGAGCUAGAUGCUCCUAUGCAUUUGAAAAGGACUAAUGGAUUGGUGAAUAAAUUAUAUUCUUUAGAGCCAGAAUUUAUGGCUCUAAAGAAGUCACCUUUCGUAGAUCCUCCUCUGCUGCAUCUUUCCUCACGUCAUUUGGCCCCAAAGGAUAAGGAUGCUCAAAUGCAUGAUAUUACAGAUAGGAGAAUCGAGUUUGCCCUUCGCGAAGUACAUGAGGCUACUUCAUUUUCAUUGAGAGCUUCUUGUAUAGCUUCCUCCUGCGCACAUGCCUGUGUGGUAUGGUUGGAGGAUUUGCUCCAUAAUCCUCCUCAGGAUGUGGUGCGUCACCAUCAAAUCCUUUCAAAACUCAUAAAAGCACAAGCCUGCAUGGCGGAUGCAACUGUGGAUGCUAUGCAGUUUGCGCCAAGAGCCAUAUCUGCACAGGGAACAGUGUGCUGCACUUUGUGGCCUAAGAACUGGCAGGCUGACUCUGCUGCUAAGGCUAACUUGUCUGUGAUACCUUUUGUGGGAGGCCAGCUACCUGUACUUGGAGAGUCAGCUCUGAAAGAUAUUUUGGUGUAAUCAAAGGAUAAGCGUAAGGUUUCUUUAAGUCAGAAGGCUGAUAGAAGGUAUGCUAGGCAUUUUGUUCCAUACCCCACUCAGUUUCAUUCCUUUCACUGCUCAGAUUCCAGAAUAGGCAGUGAGAUUCAAGUCUCAACCCUUUAAGCAGCGUUACCAAGGUAGACAGCCAUUCCAUCGCUUUUCUGCCGCCCCAGCCACCAAGGGUGGUAAGCAGCAUACUCAAUGACCCUGUGUCACAACAGGUAGGGGGGUGCCUAAAAUGGCUUCUCCCUACUUGGCAGCAGACCAUAUGAUUUAUUAUAUGCUUGAGUUUUAUUAUGGAGGGUUCGUUUUCU